CAUGGUUAGAAGUUUCAGGAGCCUUACAAAAUAUUACUCAAUCGCUUUGUAUACUUGGAUAGACUAUUAUAAUUUUAAUGAUCCAUCACUCAAUUUAUUGUCUCAUUCUUAAACAACAGAUAACACCUCUAUUAAUGAUACCUAAGAAAUCUCUUUAUAAUGUAACAUUCAUUUAUAAAUAUAGAAUUCAAUGUUCUUGAAUAAUUACACAAAGAAAUGAAGAAAACUCAAGUAACUUCUAUGUUGGCUGGAGUUUAAAUACUUAGAAGAAUUAAAUAAGAAGAUGUGAUCUAAUAUAAGGAUUUAAUUAUAAAUGAAGAUUAAGAUGGGAGUGGAAGUAAUUCAAGUUAAGGAGACUUAAGCGAAUUAAUGGAAGUCUGUUCUUAACCAUUUACACCUGAAGAAAUUGAAGAAUGCUUAGUCACUAAUUUAAAUAAUGAAUUCUUAAAAGAGAAAUUGAAUUUAAAUUAGGAAAUUUAAGUUUUCUCUAUGUGAUGU